AUGCAGAUGUGAUCUGUUGCACGUGUGUGGGAGCUGGUGAUCCAAGACUUGCAAAAAUGCAGUUCCGCUCCAUUCUGAUUGAUGAAAGCACACAGGCUACUGAGCCAGAGUGCAUGGUGCCUGUCGUCCUGGGAGCAAAACAGCUUAUUCUUGUGGGUGACCACUGCCAGCUUGGUCCUGUUGUGAUGUGUAAGAAAGCCGCAAAGGCUGGCCUGUCUCAGUCUCUCUUCGAGAGGCUUGUGGUGCUCGGGAUUCGUCCAAUUCGCCUGCAAGUGCAGUAUCGCAUGCAUCCUGCGCUCAGUGCUUUCCCAUCCAAUAUCUUCUAUGAGGGUUCGCUCCAGAAUGGUGUUACUGCAGCGGACCGUGUGAAAAAAGGUUUUGAUUUCCAGUGGCCACAGCCAGAUAAGCCGAUGUUUUUCUAUGUUACACAAGGACAGGAAGAAAUUGCCAGCUCAGGCACGUCUUACUUAAACAGGACGGAAGCUGCCAAUGUGGAGAAAAUAACUACAAAGCUGUUGAAAGCUGGUGCCAAACCAGAUCAGAUUGGCAUUAUUACUCCUUACGAAGGUCAACGAUCCUAUCUGGUGCAAUACAUGCAGUUCAGUGGUUCCUUGCAUACAAAGCUCUACCAGGAAGUGGAAAUCGCAAGUGUGGAUGCCUUCCAGGGACGAGAGAAGGACUUUAUUAUCCUUUCUUGUGUCAGGGCCAAUGAACACCAAGGAAUAGGGUUUCUGAAUGACCCCAGGCGGCUUAAUGUAGCUCUUACAAGAGCAAGGUAUGGAGUAAUUAUUGUUGGGAACCCAAAAGCGCUGUCUAAACAACCGCUUUGGAAUCACCUGCUGAAUUACUACAAGGAGCAGAAGGUUCUGGUGGAGGGACCACUGAAUAACCUCCGGGAAAGCCUUAUGCAGUUCAGCAAGCCCCGGAAACUUGUCAAUACCAUCAACCCAGGUGCCCGUUUCAUGACUACCGCCAUGUAUGAUGCGCGUGAGGCUAUUAUUCCAGGAUCUGUCUAUGACCGGAGCAGUCAAGGGCGCCCAUCCAACAUGUACUUCCAAACCCACGACCAGAUCGGGAUGAUCAGUGCUGGCCCCAGCCAUGUCACUGCUAUGAACAUUCCUAUCCCUUUCAACCUUGUGAUGCCACCGAUGCCACCGCCGGGAUACUUUGGCCAGGCUAACGGACCAGCCGCAGGACGUGGGGCACCAAAAGGAAAGACUGGUCGUGGUGGGCGCCAGAAAAAUCGUUUUGGGAUUCCUGGAACUAGUCAGUCAAACCUUCCAAAUAGUCAAGCGAGCCAAGAUGUGGUGUCCCAGCCUUUCUCCCAGGGUCCACUGACUCAGGGGUAUAUCUCCAUGAGUCAGCCAUCACAGAUGAGUCAGCCUGGGCUCUCCCAACCAGAAUUAUCACAGGACAGUUACCUUGGUGAUGAGUUUAAAUCUCAGAUUGACGUGGCGCUGUCACAGGACUCUACUUACCAGGGUGAACGUGCAUAUCAACAUGGUGGAGUGACGGGACUGUCACAGUAUUAGAGUGUAAGGAAGAAGAGCUAAGCUUGUGUGGAGCUUAGUUCAUCAGCAUUUUAUUCUGGGUA